GCUCCUCCUCUACCUUUGCUCUUCGUCCCCACCUACCCGCCAAUCAUCUUUCGCCCUCAGACAUAGUCUGCGCAGGACCGCAGGCUGUGUCUCCCGAAGCUCCCUUCGGAGCCCCGCAGGUAGCGGGGGUUGGAGACUGACACUCAACUGGAUGAAUUAAAUUCUGGGUUUAAUUGGACCCUGGAGUAGCACCAAGGCCUGUAUAUAGGCAAUUAAUGGAUGCUUGGAAGUUGGCGUGCAUAUUCAGAAAUGUUUUGCCACCUGAAGCCUUUGAAGAGGUUCUGCCUGAAGAAGAUCCUCCCUCAUUGGCUUCACUGCUCUCGAGCUCUAUCAGGAGCAGAAGCCAUCAAUGCCUUGAGGCCUUUCUACUUCGCAGUUCAUCCCGAUUUCUUUGGACAGCACCCCAGGGAAAGGGAAAUCAAUGAAAAUUCUCUUAAGAGAUUAAGUGUCUACUUAGAAAAUCUCCAGAAACCAGGCUUCAAGUCUCUGAAACCAACUCAGCUUACAUUUUAUAUAAGAGAAAAAGCAGCCCAGAACUCUUCUGAAGGCCAGGAGCCUGUCAGUACUUCAGGAUUUCGGGCAGUCAGAUUUACUUUGCACACCAGCGAUCUGCUAAGCACAGUAUUGUAUAUUCUCAACUCCUGCAGUUUGUCUGUUGAACACAUCCAAAGCUUGAACACUAAUGUGCAUUCCCAGCCUCUCAAGGAAGCUAUAGGGAUACCUGACAGACCCAUCAAAUGGCAUAGGUCCUAUUAUUCCUUUACUGGGUUCAAGGACCCUGACGAAGACCUUGAACAUGUCUCAAGAGUGGAAACAACCCUAAUGUCCUGGCUAGGUAGCAAUGGGAAAAUUGCUGUUAAAAAGCUGAAGAACAGUUUGCCACUUAGGAAGGAGCUGGAUCGUCUGAAGAAUGAACUAUCUGAGCUUCUGCAACUUUCAGAUAUCAGGUGGCAGAGGGGCUGGGGUGUUGCCCAUCGCUGCAGCCAGCUGCACAGUCUUAGCCGCCUAGCACAGCAGAAUUUGGAGCCACUUCAGAAUGCAAAAGGAUGCACCAUCGUAUUCACAGACCGCUCCGGUAUGAGUGCACUGGGCCAUGUGAUGCUGGGAACCAUGGACGUCCACCAUCACUGGACAAGACUUUUUGAAAGCUUACCAAGUUAUUUUGACCUUCAGAGGAGAAUGUCAACCUUAGAAGACCAGAUAAGCAAUCUUCUAGGGGGCAUACGAGUCGUUUAUGUCGAGGAGUUGCAGCCAGCACUCACACUUGAAGAGUACUACUCCCUCCUUGAUGUCUUCUAUAACCGGCUGCUGAAAAGUAGGAUACCUUCCCACCCUCAGAGUCUGAGUGGCUUGCAGAUGAUCCUUAGCAGCGACAGGUACGAGCCAAGCUUGCAUGAACUUGGGCAUUUUAACAUCCCAGCCCUCUCAGAUCCAACAAGCCUCCAGUCAUUUAUGAGAAGCAAAGCCCAGCAGGCAAGAGAAAACAUGACAAGAAGGGCGGAGUUAAAAGUUAUUGAAAAUGAAUUGAUACAGGCUUCAACAAAGAAAUUUUCUCUGGAGAAGUUGUAUAAAGAGCCCAGCAUUUCUAGCAGACAGAUGGUGGAUUGCUGUAAGAGACUUCUACAACAGUCACUGCCUUAUCUGCGUGGGAUGCACCUCUGUGUGUCACAUUUUUAUUCUGUUAUGCAAGAUGGAGACUUGUGUAUCCCAUGGAAUUGGAAGAAAGGAGAAGCCAUGAAGUAGCACAGAUAUUGUUUUAUUUUCUGGAAAAAAUGAGAAACUGUUGAAUUUAUUUAAAUUCAGUUUAAUACUAGUAUUCACAUGUUAGAACAAAGUUUCUAACUGUUGCUUUAAAAGUGGGCUGAGCUUUUCUUUGUAGUGAAUUUAUGCUAAGAAACAUGUUUUUAAAAGGUUUUAUUCACCCUAGUCUUAUGAUGCUGAUGGCCAGGCAAAAAAGAUGCUUAGAAGAAAAAACUAUUUUAAAGAUAUGUAAUAGAGAGUUCUAUAAAAGUCAUAUAUAUUUUUAUAUAAGUGAAUGUGCGUAUGUAUAAAUUGGCCUCAUUCAGUAUAGCUCUUUAGUACUAGAACUCAUUUUCACAUGCAACACAGUUCAAUGUGUGUCUUCAUAAUUACAUUCUAUAGACACACACUUUGUAGCCAGUAAUGGACAGUUAUGUUCAAAACAGAUGAUUGAUGAGUAGCAAAAAUUAAAUAACUACAUUUUGUUUGAGAAAGAUUUAAAAAAAAAAAAAACCUAUUGAAUAUAUGCUGUUAACACUGUCUGAUACUAGUUUAUUAAAAUGUCAGUGACAGAGAAUUUAAAUACAUGAUUUCUUCUACCAUUUAAAAUAUUGAUAGAGCAUAUGCUUGGUAGGCACAGGCCCUGGGUUCCAUCUCUAGUACCAGGAAUGAGUAAGAUGUACUAUUGUAAUUUAGCCAGAAGCUCCUUUUAAAAGCUGUCUUCAUUUCUUCAGCUCUGGCCCAGGUAAAGCCUGCUGCCUCCUGUGGUCUCUGGUGUCUCCCACCCAGUGGGAGACCCACUUUCUAUUCAGAGCAGACCCACCCUACAUUCCACACUACACUUCCCCCCCCCCCCCCCCCCCGAGAAAGCCCUAGUGAAUUUUUCCCACAGUGCAUUAGAACAAAGGAGACAAUAAAAUCAGUUUUCACAUUUUGGGUUUUUAUAAAACAUCAGUUAUUUAAACAGGUCAAAUGUGUGUUGAAAAUAAGAACUGACUUUUAAAAGGAUCGUUUGUGCCAUUAUUGCUUUUGACCCGUGCUAAUUUGACAAAUGUUGCUGUAAAUAUUCCCCAUAAGAAAGAGUCCUCAAGUUGGGUUUGGUGACGCACACCUUUAAUCCCAGCACUUGGGAGUCAGAGGCAGGUGGAUCCCUAUGAAUUUGAGGUCAGCCUGGU